AAAGAUGGCGGCGGAAGCAAAACAUCUCCAGACUUGACUUUAUUGAAGUUCUGGGGUGUUGAAUGCAAAGUCCCAGCAUUGAAUUGAUGCUUUCAGAAGACGGUGCUCCUUAAGCAGUCGGAUCUGUUUUGGAGGCAAUAUGGAUUCUCUGUCUGGGAAAAAGAAGUCAAGAAAAGACAGUGAUGGUUUAGAUGAUUUACUGGGAGAUCUUCUUGCUGAAGAUACGCCAUCAAAAAAGAGAAGCACACCAACUACACCCACUAGGCAGAGGAGUGGCUCUGGAAAAGGAGGCAAACCAGGAGGCAAGGAUGAGAACUUUUACAGUUCAUUGGCAGCAAUGGCUGACAGUGAUGGGGGUUCCGACAUUUCAGAAGCUGAUGUGAACCAGGUUGCUCAUUCUAUAGGGGGUCUGGAUGACAUGGAUGCGGACUUGUUUGGAGGCUCGUUGACAAAGAAAAACAACAACAGCCGCUCAGGAUUGCCGACCACCCCGAGAAAAAAUUCACGAAAGUCUCCAAGGUCCCCCACUCGGAGUGAAACACCUACCAGCCCUCCGGGAAGUGCAAGAGGAAGUCUUAAAAAGAAACCAGUGAAGCCUCCGUCCCCUGCACCGUCCCCUGUCAGCUCGAACGCUAUGUCUCUACCUCAGACACACCCAGAAUUUAAACCAGGAACAGCUCCAGGAAAAAUGACAGAUAUGAGUUCAGCAAGUGAGAACCUCAAACCAAACCAGCCAAUAAGCCAGCGACCUGAAACAGCACCAAAGGUGAAAAAGAAAUAUGAUUUUGGAGAUUUUGACCCUGACGACCCACUUGCUGGAGUUCUGUCAAGUGAUGGAGACGAUGACAUUUCUGAAAGGGAUCGUCCUAGAUCUUCCACCAAGAGGCCAGCAGCUGCUCCUCUGGCACAGUCAAAGCCUGCAGAAAAUGCUCUGAAAUCAGAUUCAAGACAGGAUUCGCCUCGGAGAAGAAACAACCUGAUGGAGCGGCCUCCGACCAGAAGUGGUAGCAAUGCCGGUGAUGGUGCCAGUGCACGAAACGGACUCUCUGGUGCUGGGGAUGCUGGGGUGAAAAAAUCCCAAGGAAAUGUCUUCAGUGACAGCGAUGGGGAUUUGUUGGAUGGAAUGGGCUUGGAUGAAGAAAAACCAGCCGGGAACAACAGAAGAGCUGAAGUUACUUACAAGGCAAAGCCUGGAGGAGACAGUGAAGAUCUGCGGCCGGCAAGAUCCGUUUUUGACAGCCUGCUGGGGAAAGGAACCGGCUCAGCCGCCCAACUGCUGGAACCAAAAGAGAAAAAGCAGUUUGUGCUGGACACCAAGUACACCAGCUCUAACGCAGGCAGUGGAGACAUCAAAGGCACUGACGAGGAUGAUUUUCACUUUGGAAGUUACCAGCCGUCAGCUGCUACUGGCUCCCGACCAAGUUCUCGUAGAUCUGUCAGAUUCCAGGAUGAUGACGAUAUAUUUGGUUUGGAUACUCGGCCAUCUCCAAGAGCCAAGUCCCCGGGGUCCAGGCCUAAACCUCCACCUGACAUGGACUGGUUGGAGACAGAAGCAAGCAAGCCCCCAGCCCAGACCUCUGCUGCUUCUCCAGUAAAACCUAGUGGACAGGCUUCAUCAGUGGCAUCCAAACCUCCAACUCCGAACAAAGCAGACUCAGCUAGCAAACCACCCGAGAGUCCUAGGAAGACUGCCAAUAAAGACAGUCUUGCACCUUCUACCCCAGUGUCAAACACAGCACCCAGCCCAAGAGCAUGGCUUGGCUUAGAAGAUUCAGACUCUGACGGGGAGGAGAUGUUUAAGCCCAAGCGUUCUGCGGCAAGGGUUGCCACUUUACCUCAGAGUCCAGUGGUGUCUGCUUCUCCAUCCCCAAGAAUUCCUCCCAAGAAGCUUGGAAAAAAAGAACCGGCCUCUCCCAAAGUCUCCACCCCCACUGGGAAUAAUAACAAUGAUGACGAUGACGACUGGCUAGCUCGUGCAAGAAGCAGAAGACAGCAGAUGUUGUCUAAGGAUGAAAACAAAGACAAGAGUUCAAAGAGUGCGUCUGGUGGGGAGGGGGGUGAGGACCUAACGGGCAGAGAACCAGAUCUACAAGGACAGAGCAUGAGAAUGGACCUAUCGUCUCUCAUUGGGGAUUCCCCGAAACUAGGAGGGUCUAACCAGAUCAGCAGUGACCUUUUCUCAACUCCCCAAGGAAGAGCACCAGGGCCGCCAGCUUGGGAGUCCCCUGGUUCUGCCAUAUCACAGACUGCGGGAGGGGACAAGUUGUCUGCAUCAUUAACCCCCCAAUGGCAAGCUGGUGGCCUUGACCCAAGGAUGGCAUCUUCUGGGACAACUUUUGGUCAGAACCAGCCAAUAGCUGGUGGGUCAGCAGUUGGCCAGAGUAUUGUUCAACUGCAACAACAGCAGCAGCAGCAGCAGUUGGCUCAACAGCAGCAGCAACAACAAUUUUUACAGCAGCUACAACAACAGCAAAAGUCGGAGCUCUUGCAACAGCAGCAGCAACUAGAGCAAAUGCUGCAAAACAUCAGGUCCCAGCAUGCGUCUAUGAGCCAGGUAACAGCACCAAGCAUCUCAGUGCCCUCCUACUCACAGAUUACAGCGUCGAUUGAGCUGCCAGACUCACUACAGGAAGCUCAUGCUAGGCUGAGGAAACUUGAGCUGGAAAAGCAUUACAUGGAGUCCAUGCUUGAUGGCAUGAGGAAACGCUUUGAGGAGGAAAUGGUAGCAGUGGAGACAUCUUACAAGAACAGGAUGCAGAUAAUUGAAGAUUCAAACAGGAAAAAGGAAGCCCGGUUACGUGAAGAGAACGAGGCACUGAUGGAACAACACGUGGGCCGUGUGCGGCAGUUGGAGCAGGAGAAGAGUGAGGUGAGCAGCGGUCACUACCGCAAGCUGGAGGAGGUGGAGCGGGACCGGGCCCAGGACCUGGAGAAACUGAGGGAGCAACACCGGCUGGCCGUUCAGACAUUGAAAAGGGAACACGAAGAAGCUCUAGAUAGAUUGGCAUCUGCCAAAAAUCAGGAGAUCACCAUGGUAGCGAACGCCAAUGACACAUCCAGGAGCUUGACUGCGGUAGUGGAACAGAUCCAGAACAAUGCUCGUGACCUCGGAGAACUUCACCUCAAAGUCGAGUCGUGGAACAGACAAGGACUUGACGAGAGGGAGAUAUCUCUACGAUCCAAGGACGAGCAGCUUAGAAUGCUCCAGGAGAGAUUGACAAGACAAGAGGAGGACAAUGAUAGAGAGAGGAAACGUCUGGAGGAUCUCAUAGCUCGCAUGGAGACUCAGCUGAGAGAUCAGACCCGCAGUUUGGAAGAGGAGCGUUGGAAGCUGAAGCAAGACCAGAGUCGAGCGGAGGCCCAGCAGCGCGCCCUAGAGGAGGAACGACGAUUGUGGCUGGAACAGCAAGCAAGGGAGAGAAUUACCGUGGAGAGAGCCAGGGAAAAUUAUCUUGAAGAGCAACGGACUGCGAUGGGUCAGAUCAGUGAAGAACGACGCUUGCUGGUUGAGGAACGCACAAAGUUUCAAGCAGAGCAGAAGACUGUCCGAGAAAAGCUGCAUCAUGACUCGAUGAAACGGAGCCAGGCUGAAGCAGACUACGAGGUUCUCAUUCGAACCAUAUCAGAGGAAAAGGCACAGCACAGUUCUCGCAUGCAAGAAUUGCAGAGGGAAGAGGACAGGCUAGCAACAGAGAAAAGUAAAGUGGAACGAGAGAAGAACAUUCUUGACCAGGAGAGAGAGAAGUUAGCCGACCAGGCACAUCAGAUCAGACAGCAGUCAGCCCAGAUUGAUCACAUGACUGAGGCUGCUAGUCGAACUCGCAUGGAAGGAGAUCAAGCAAUGGAAGAGGCUAUGCAUAUCAACUCACAGAUAGAGAGGAGAGAGACGGAGGUUAUGAAGCAGCAAAGCGCUGUUAAACUGAUGGAAGAACGGAUUUCUCAGGAGAAACUGCGACUGGCGAAGGAGAAGAAAGAAGUGGAAAACUUGAAAAAUUCCUCCUUGUGUGUUAACUGCCGUUCCCCUGUGAAUGGUCCAGCCGUAUACCCUCCGUUUCAACAAAAUGGCUACCAUACACCUCAGCUCAUGAACUCGGUGGGGAUGUCUCCUGUGCAGUCUGUAAGACUCAGCUCUUCCCUGCAACAACCCGUAGGGAACCCCUUAGACAACAUUGCCUCCUCCAUAGCAAACGAUCGAGCUGUCCGUAUGUGGAAAAUUAAUGCUAUUAAGGACAAAGAGUUCCUGGAAGAGGAGAGCUUAUAUCUGGAGACGUUGAGACACACCCCUUAUCAUUCGACUGCAUCAAAGUCUUGAUGUUAUAAGUCAUACUCAUAAACGCAUUUUUACUUUAGUCUUUGUGGUCAGUACAAAUUACCAGAGUAAUCUGCACUUAUCAUUUUGGCACACUCAUGAACAAAUUAUUUUCUAACUUGUUAUAACUUAUGUAUGAGCCAGGCCAUUUGUUUAUGAGCAUAAUGAUUUAUAUGGUAUAUAUCCAUUUAACUUUCUUAACUUGUAAAUUUGUUUACCAAAUGUAAAAGUCAAAGUGUUGAAUAUGCCUGUAGGAUUUGGAAAGAAUAUACUACAUCUUCACUAGUGCCAACAUUGUGAUUAGUGUUCAUCUUCUUCCUUUUGGAACUGAACACUGAGCUGUCAUAGUUUACUAAUAGACAUUUUCUAAGUAUGUAUUCAGUGCCGAAUAGAAUAACUGAAUAUGACAUUUAGUCAGAUAUAUGUAAUAAUUGCAUUGAAAUAAUCAUCUUUCAAAUAUCAUUGCUCAGAGUAAAAAAAGGGAAAUAAAGUGUUGCCAUACUGACGGGUCACAUCUACAUGGCGUCAGGCAGUUUUUGUUGUCGGGUCAAUGGUGUUUUGUUAGCCACAAGAUUUGUGCUUUUCUGGUUGUGUCCCUGUUGCAUAUUUGAUGUUUCACUAUGCACAUGCUGAACAUGCAGUUUAUUGUUCUCUUCAGUAUAUGACAGUAAAGAGUUACAUGGCAAAGCUUGUCAUAUUCGUGAAGAAGCUUUUAAGCUUGGAGGAUGCGGGUGGUGUACUAUUACGGAUAAGUUGACCUUUUGUUGAGGAUAGAAUCAUAUAAAGACCUAUCUGAAUAGGAAAAGAUGACUUGAAGUGUGGCGUUCUUUUCUCUGGAUUUGGUUGUGAAAUGUCACUAGCUAGGUGUACAAGUGUGUUUUUUAAGUGCCUGGUUUAAUAGAUUUAAUAUUGCGUAGCAUAUUCCACUGCCAAGAUAUCUAUGAUAUAUCAGUGUUUAUAUUUAAAGAAAUAUAUACAAAUUACCUGUAUUUAUAUGUAAAUAAAACUCAAAUAUUUUGUACUUCUUCACUGACUGCAAUUUAUAUGUUGAUCUUUUUUUUUUUCUUUCCUUUUUAUCCCUCGUGAUCUUUGUUAGACUCUGCUGCUGUAGGCCUGUAUCAGUGAAUUAUUUUCAUCUCAACAUUUUUUAUAUUCAAUGUUGUUCGUAGCAAGAGACUAGCCAUACUUUGCAAAUGUUUUACUUGAUUCAUGUUUGGGAGAAAUUAGUACAUAAGGGGUUGCUCAGAUCCAAAUAUGAAUGUACUCCUUUUUUUUAUGGAUAUUGUUUGUUUGGUGAUUGUUGUGUUUUUUUUUUGGGGGGGGGGGGGGUUGUAUUAUUUUUUUAUUAUGAAUUGUUAAGAAAUUGUGUCUAUUUUAUACAGGCUUAGAACUGUAACUGAAGUCCAUACUUACUUUUAUAUUUUGUAUACUUACAUAUAUGUUUAACACAAAGUGCAUUACCUUGCACAAGCGAACUGUGAUAUCGGAGAGUUUCAUUGGGACUCUAUAUUUGUUUUAAAAUUAUGUGUACAAUCAUUUUCUUCAAGAUGAUGCACAAAUGUAUGGUUUAGUAAUUUGUCUACUCAUAUUCUUUUGUCUUUUUAUGUAAAGUAGAAUAUUUAAAAUAUACUCUGCUCAUAUUUUCAACUUCAUGUAUACAGGAGAAUUACGAACAAAAGAAUUAUUUGUGUCACCUGUGGAGUUUCUUGUUUCAUGGUUUGAAAUACAAACUCACAUUUUCCCUAAAGUAACUGUGUAAAAAAAACUUCUACAACUUUGCAGCUGUAUGUGUUCGGCUUCUAGUGAAAGACCUACACAUAUAGCACAAGUUUUAUGUGUAUUCAAACUUUUCUGUCUUCAAAAUUCAGUUACAGAUCAUAAAGAGCUUUAGCUGUCACAUACAUAAAAAGCCUCUGUUAAUGUAUUGACAUGAAGGAUUCGGAAGGUACCCUGAAUUGUGAUCAGAACAAUAAAUAAAGUGUUUGAAUUACUCUUGGCUGAACUUAUCAUCAUUAUGAUGAUACACUUUGAAUGAUGGAACUGCCAGAGGUAAAAUUUUACCCUAGUCCCUUGGUCCCAUUGUCACUAUUUUUCAUCUCUGUCAUUUUGCCAAAAGAAGUAGGAGAUGUAGGCUUAUAUGUUUAUUUUUUAUUGAAACAUAGUCGACUUUUAUUUACAAGAGUUUGUGUAUGAGAAAUUCUGGUGUGCAAAGUAAAGCAAAGCAACUACCUUCAGCUGUUCUUUUUUGUUUUUUGAUGAUUGUUUUUUUGUGGUUUUUAAAAAAUGUACAUUCAAUGUUUUAUUUGUCGUCUUACUACACACUUUCCUGGAAAAAUUGUGGAAGGUUCUAUUUCAUUCAUUAAAUUAUUUGUGAAUACCGGUA